AUGGGAAAAGAAUUUCUUGUGUCUCCUUGGAGGCAUCCAACACAAAAGACAAGACAAGAGGAAGAGGCAUCCAAUAGAGUCAAGUGGAGCUCUGAGAAUGAUACGAAUGCUUUUGUGCUAAUGGAUGUUAAUGCUGCUGUGGCUACCAUCAAGACUAAGCGCACCAUCCAAUUUCCAUCUACUGUUGUUCCUGGUGGUGACCUUGCUAAGCUACAGAGGGUUGUGUGCAUGAUUUCCAACUCUGCCAGUGUUGUUGAGGUCUUCUCACCAAUUGACCACAAGUUUGAUCUUAUGUAUGCUAAGCAUGCUUUUGUGCAUUGGUAUGAUGGUGAGGGCAUGGAUAAAGGUGAAUUCUGUGAAGCCCGUAAUGAUCUUGCUGCCCUUGAGAAGGAUUAUGAGGAGGUUGGUGCUUAA